CUCUUGAAGCAGCCCCGUCGCCAACGCCUACAUCAUAUCCACGUACAUCACUACAAGUCAUGUACAGAGGCAUUGUCAUUGGUGAUGAUACCGUAUCUGCAGCCCCACUUCCGCACGGUUGCCUUUCUCUUUACCAACACAACAUUAUUGUUACGUUUGCCCCGAUAACAACUAACUAACAAGUUACUUGUUUCUGACAGAGUUUGGGUUGUUCAACUGAACUUUUACUUGUUCUUGGUAGACCUUGGUGCGGAGGAUCUAGGACUACCGUAGAUCUACGACUAUCACCACCUUCACUGCAAACUGCACUGCUGCAGCGCUGCUCGAUGGUUCACUCGCCGUAGUUACGUGGUUACGUGGUGUAGACCCAGGACCUAGCCCUGCCACUGCCAGUACCACGCUGUGAUCUUCCAAGUGCUGUGCAUGUGGAGGUGUGAUGCACACUGACUCUGUAGCUCUAGAUCCACCCAUACAGCUUCAGAGCCGUUACAUGGCUCGACUUCGAUUCUAGCCUAGACCACGGCGUGCACUCAGUUCGACCAUACUUGGUCGGCAACAGAGGUAGCACUGUCGACAGCAGAUCGACCCCUGGUUGCGCUGUGCGGUUGUCACAUUCAGCCACACAUCCUCCGCUCUAUGACUGCAUGACUUCUUGCCCAGCACUGCCAGGUCUGGUUCAUACAACCUACCUGGCAUCCAGCAGAGAGUCUAGCAACUCUGGAGCUGUUUCAGUAGCGUGGCUAGUUUCAGCCUUUGCCAGCAAACCAUCCUAGGCAAAAUCUUACCAAAAUUGUGCAAGGCGACAUUUUCUUUCCAGUCGAGUCCUGGGAUGUGCGCAAGCUACGUGUGCUUAUGUUGAGCGACACGCGACGGGAACUGCUUUUCGUGAGCUCUAGGCAGAAUCGUUGAUGUGUCGGACUUGAGAGGAGUGGAUAACGGUGUCUCUUCUAUUCCGAGUUCUCAUAUCAGCAUGGAUAACGGCUGCUUUUGCCCUGCAACGCCGCCAACGGCUCCUGCAUCGUCGGCAGACUCCUGCCAGAACGACAUUGGCCUGGCCGUGGGCAUUGGUGUCUUGGUGGCAUGUGUAAUCAUCCUGGUCGCGUGGCUCAUCUUCUAUAUCUGCUGCUACCGAAGGUCGGGCAGAUUCUCGCGACUGCACAGUUCGGCAUGGGGUGGAUCUACGGCCAUCGAAAGAAGUGGUGGCGGGCCAAGUAACCACGGCACAUCAUCACAUAAACACUUUGCAGGCAACUACUUUGUGGACGCCAAUGAUAGCUACCUACUGGAGUCUGGCCAGCCGCAGGUUGAGUUCAACUAUUUCAACGAAGGUGCAACUGACUCUGGAAGUGAUGCACUGCCGCAGGAAGGCAGUCAGGUUCAAACGCCGGACGCCACUGCUACACACCGCACACUGGCACCGCAGAGCAGUCAGAAAUCAGCUGCUCUACUGGAGGACACCAGCGCCAGCAGCAGCUUCUCGCCAAACCUCGGAGACCGUGCAAACUUCCCCAUUAUCGGUCACAACGACAACUUGCCUCCGAUGGCCGACAACACCAUGUCCCUGCGCUCUAACACCACUAUGGCCGCCAUGGACCUGAGCUUCUGGCCCAGUUUGCCAGGUGAGAGUAAUGUUGAUCUACGUGCUCCGGUACUGAGUGCUCGCAUGACCGCUGAUGGUGAUGCUAACAUAUUCACAUCGGAGCAGAUGCAAGUGAUACUGUCCUUCACGGAUACGAGCGGCUCGCAAGCUGGAGCUGUGACCAUCGGUACAUCAUCGCGCCCAGAGGAUCAACCCGACUUAGACCAGGCAUCAUCCCUAGUCACGUCAGUGUACACUGUAUCAUCACUGUCGGCAGUAUCCGGUACAUCCUCAGCAUCCCUGUGCCAAGUGCGUGUUCCCUUGUCAUGCCAUCUGAUGGAUAUCGACAGUAACGACGAAACCGGCUAUGAUUCCCUGCCAGAGGUGAAUAACCUGGUGGUUAUGACCAGCAAAUUGAAUGAAGAUGGUACCAACUCGGAAUGGACUGAUGUGGGUCCCGUGGCAGACUUUGUCGAGUGCAGCCAGGAAGCUCGCUCUGCCGGCGGGGACUGCCCGUCGGGCUACGUGGAGUUUGGCGUGACUGACUCAGCGCUGUAUACCGUACGCUGCGACAGUGGUAUCUGGGUGAAGAGCAUGUGCUUGAGUCAUUUUGCCGCAGCACUGGACGAGGACCAGACCUGGGCUCUAAGAGUCUUUCUGCACAGAGAUAGAACUGUGGAUUAUGAGACAAUCACCCAGUAUGCUAAGGAGUUCAACAUGAUGCCCGUUGGCAUGCCACAGCCGUUCCACUUACCUCAGCAUAGCUAUGUACAUGUUCUCAUAUCCUCCAUCACUGAGGGAUGUGCACUGGAUGGCAGCUCACACGGGGUGCUGCAUGGCGAAGGCUGCUGGCCAAACCUAGAACAGCCACCGUUCGUAGAGUUCAGAUUGCGGCAAGUGCACGGUUGCCUGCCAUUGCCUCUGGUGCGUGUCAGAACAGAUGUUGUCGUGGCGGAUGACUUCGAUAACAUCACAUUUGAGCUGCUCAGUCAGUGGUCAACUAAGGCCCAGAUGAAGAUGGACAAGAAAAUGCCCGACUCACUGCUGUGCAAUUCUUCAGCAGCGGGACCGUGGCCAUGGUUACUGGUGUCACCAUGGCAGCAACUGACCAAGGCGCAAGUGAAUCAGAUGGCAGCAAUCCUAGACAGGCCGUUGAUGGGUGAUCAGGACUACUCCACGUUGGCGGCACUGCUUGGCUACACCGAGGAGCAGGUCAAGUUCUUUAGUCUGCAACGUCCAAGUCCGACCGAGGCGCUCCUCAAGGACCUGCACACGCGCCUGCCAGUGAAUCGCAUCACUGAUCGGCUGCUGGUUGCCAUGGGACGCAUGGGUGCUGUGUGGCUGAGCGACUUCUUACGACAGGCAUGCAGGGUUGACAGAGCAACAACACUGGCAUUGAAUGAAGAUAUCACAAGCAGUGUCGGUGAUACUCUGCCACGGCGGGCUGCAUCAGGAAUAUACAGCUCAAUCCGGCGUACAUUGAACGGAACGCUGAAGUUGACGGACGAGGAAAAGAGAGACUCUCUUGGCCACUACCAGCGCCGAGUGCAGCGCAUGAGCGGCCGCAAGCUUGUCACCAACAAGCGAUCCAGUGCUGCGGCCAGCUCAGCUUCUGUUGCCAUCUAUGCCAGCGCAUCUGCCAUGCCAACACCGCCAACGUCGGCACCCCCUGUGACAGGCAAGAGCACAUGCUCCCCAAACCACUCCUGGACAAAGCCGUUGAUAAACAACCAGGACUCGGUGGAAGACUUGACACGCUCUAUAAAUGCGCUGAGUAAAGACGAUCUAGAAGAGGAUGAAGUGUGCGAACUGAGUGGCAAACACAACGACCUUACCUUCACAGCGAGUGGGCAAAGUGAAAAGCGGAAUAAGAUACGGGGCCAGUCCACUUCAGCCCUGUACGCAUCGACCAAGGUCGUAGUUGAGAAACAUGGCCGACUUGCUCAGGUGCUAACACCAGCUGGCCCAAGUGGAGCCGUGUACACUCUUCACCAUGACCCCGCUGCACCACAUCGGGCGAUACUUCAGCCAGCGCCAUACAUUGGCAGCAAUCAUGUCGCCUCCAGCUUCCACCAAUCCCUCGACCAGCCGACAACGGACGGUGAAAGUACACAUCCCAGGGAAUCCUCAAUUGUAAGCCGUGUUGCGAAGAAAUUGACGAGGACGUCGUCCAUGCCAUCAACUGAGCGAAGUGCCAAGCGAAAAAUCCGUCAACGUCCCGUCAGUAAUGACGUCAGUGACGAUAUAUUACCGCCGCUUGUAUCGGACAGUGUUCUGAAACCUUCUCCUACUCUGACCACACCUCAACAGGUCAAUGAGCAAGCAAUAACGGUUCCUAAAAGACUUCAUCCCUACGAAGAACAUAUUGUGCCUGCACCGCCAAGGAAGGAAAGCCUGAGGCCGAGGCCGCAGUAGCUUGGCUGUAGCCGGCUAGCCAGGACAUACUAUGCAGAGCGGCAUAGGUUGGUUGCUUGAUCAUGUACAUGCACUCGUACAUGUCAUGUUAUUACUUGAGAAAGAAAAGAAAGACUCUAGGGCCUUGUGGUUGUGGUCUGCCUUGAGUGCUGACAGAGAAACGGCCCGGUAUAUAGUGUUAGGCAUACUGACAUAGCCAUGUGUUUCUUUUAGGGUGCUUUUGUUUGCUGCAGUCCCCACAGUUACUGGCCACUUUGAAUGCCAUUUCCCCACAAAGGUUAUUUUUAGAAGCAAGAAAAUGUUGGCAUCAGCAAGCACUUUAUGCAACAUUGCCGAAUUGAAUAUUGCUUUUGACACUAAUCACGUGAGCCUUGCCAUUUUCAUUAAGUUAAGUUAAACACCGCGGUACAGUACUGUGCCGUGUGUGCUACUUGUGUUUAUCCUGAAAAUUCAUCAUCGGCUGUGUGCGUGUGUGUCCGUGUGUACAUGAUAUUUAUACUUUAUUACUUGUGUACUCUAAUUUAACACACCUUGACCUGCUAUAUCUUCAGACACUGUGCAAUAGCCUACAACUAAUUACUUAUUGCCGUCGCCAUUGCAUGCGCCUCUAACUGUGCCUAUGCUGUACCAGUGCGGAUGAUGUUGAACUCAGCAUCAUCCACCAAAGCUCUACCAAGCAUGAGCUCUCCAGCAAGAUUGCUACAUGAAAAAAUAGGAACAGUCUAGCCCUAGGCUAUGACUUGUACCAUGUGUACUGUACUUGAAGUAGUAAUAGCACUCUGAAUCCCCAGUUCUUACCAGACAGUAGAUCUACUCUGUAAUCUUCGAUGUUGCACGUGUGCCGAGCGCAAGCUGGGUUCCUUUAUCUCAGUUUUGGAGUCUGCCCCAGUCUCACCUGCUAGUAGAUCUACCCGGAAAGUAACUGUGAUUCUGCUAUGAGUAUGAUCAUGAUGACAACACUACUGACUGGAAAAGAAAUAGGUGAAAAGGUGAGACACGACAACCAUGUCAUGGACAUGGGUGCGAACUUCGAGGUUUCACCGCCCAGGACUCGGCCUAGUGCAUGCCACUGUGUGUUCAUGCCUCGUGGUGUUAGGCAACACCUGAACACCAGAAAAACAUCGAAAGCUCGAAAGCAAAACUCAUACUGAGCGCAGUGCUAGCUUGAAUGGAGUACAAUAAAUUUCUUCUCCGGAUGUUCUCUUUAGAAAUUUGAGUUUGAGAUGCUUCCACUGUACCUGGCUAGCAGAGGCCAUGUGCACGCCGGUCGACAAUAAUGUAGCUACAGUACUGAGUACUGCCGAACACUAGUACUGACUGUACCUGAACUGGAUCUUUCUCCGGCCUAGCGACAGUGACAUUCAACUAAGAAUGAGUCGCGGAUCACCUGCUAUGACCGCUGAACAACUAAUUACUUCCCUGUCAGCAAGCCAGUGGCAGUGUGUUGGAUGUCCUGUCUUGCCGAAAUCAACACCUUGGUCUGUAGUGAUUGUGAGUACACAUGAUCCGUCAUUAAUUUUAUUGUUGCUUUCGUUUCCAUACUGACCAUAGCGGCCCUUUCGGCAACAGCCUUUUGCUUGUACAACACAUGUAUGUACAGUGCGUAUCGGUUAUAGCGUGGUCGUGUAAAAGAAUAUACUGCCUACAAGAAUGAACCCUCAUGUUUUCAUAAUCAUAACAUGGAUUUCAAGUGCACAUUUAUUCUUACAAGCAAUUUUAUCCAAUAGUAGAAUAUAUCGGUCCUAAGAAUGGACUUUGUGUAGCGAAACAUGCCAGAUUAGUGCAAAGUGUAUCACCUGUAGUAAUAACAUCUGUCCAAUUCCGUUCUGA